GGCUGAUCUUCUUUCGUUCCUCAUUCGCGAUGCUAGACUAUUGCAUUUGGCCUUGAAUCUCUUUGCGGAUGAUCCUCUCGCGCCGCCAACGCAUUUCAACACCAACCGCCAACGUCAUGUCAUCUACUAACUAGUACCGGCGGACCCUCGACAAAAUAAAAUCUCCCCGCAGCUCACCGCAGUCUUAUUCUGCCAACCUGCACCCCAACCUGCAAUUGAACCUUUUCUCUCCAAUUUGUUAAUACUGUCAACAAACCACGCUCUCACUCUCACUCGAUUCGCAAUCGCAUUAUCCAAUUCCCCCAAGUCCAACUCCUUCAAAUUGCGCCCUCUUAGCUCUUACCCGUCCUAGCUCUCAGCUCUCCUAGCUCUCUUCCAUCACACUACUUUCCCCCCCACCAACAUACCCCCCAGCAACACACUAUCCAACGUACACUCUACAUCCAAGGAUCGCACACAUGCAGCAUUCCAACAUCCCCAACCUGCCCAGCCUGUCCGCCACCUCUCCGCUCGCGCUCGCCGCCCUGGAGAACCCCAAAUCCGGCAUGUCCGCAUCCACCGCCGCCGCCGUGCGCCGGCGCUACCUCUCGCGCAACAGCAACAGCAACCCGACCGACCCCACCGGCUCCGCCGCCAAGCGCAGCGAAGCCGGCCGCGCGGCCGCGCGCGAACUCGCAGUCAAAGUCAAAGAGGAAUGGGAGUUUACUUUUGAUCCCGCUGCGCCGGUCAAGCGCGAUGGCGAGGGGGACGAUAUGCACCUCGCGGGCAGCGAGGUCACGGAGGCCGGGGGAGUAGUACGCGAGUGGCGCGAGCGGGAUGCGGAUUCGCUGUCCCCUGAGCCGGAGGGCGACGAGGAAGAGGAGAAGGAUGCGCAGAACAGAGAGGAGUAUUCGUUUUUGAAUGGCAUUGCGUCCUCGGCGGCGGCUGCGUUGGGGAUUGGGCAUCACGGAGCGCAUGGAGUUCACGGGGCGCAUGGAACGCAUGGGACGCAGGGUCGUGAGGUAUCCGGGGAUAAGCAUGCUCAAGGGUCAGACGAGGCUAGCUCCCAUAGGAGAGACGCUGGAGAAACAUAUCUCUUCACGACCCCAGACGACGUCGGUCCGUCGCUGGCCAAACGCACAGCGGAGCGGCGGUACAAGAAGCGCAAACUCCUGGAAGAGGAAAUGCGCUGGAACGAGGGCCUAAGAUGCUGGGCCGCCAGACGGGAUGCGUGGUCUGGUGCGAAACGUAAAGUUGCGCGGCUGUCCCGGUCGUCGUCGUCGUCGUAUCCUGAUGUGUAUACUUCGUCUGGAUUGUCUACAGGUACGGGUACGGGUACAGUUUCAGGGUCAGGGGCUUCGUCUGCGGGGUCUGCGUCGACGUCUGCUCGGCUUCAACCUACGCCUGACUCGGAUGCACGUGUGGAUGGCGGAGUUGAGGUCGAUCUCGCCGCCGAUGGCGUCCCGCUCGGUCAAUUGCCUUUGCCGCCUGUUUCUCCUUUACAUCCAGACCGUUCGUCCUCUUUACGUCCCGGUCCCGGUGGUCCAGACCCCUCGUCUUCGUCUUCAUAUCCAAGCACGCACAAACACAACCACCAAAACCAAAACCACGACACCGACACCGACACCGACACAGAUACACACAGAGACGGAGGCAAAGACGACACGUCGACGGCAACAGCAACGCAAAUCCUCAUCCCCCUCGCCCCACCACUCAUCCCCCCCUCCAAUCCCGUCCGCGCAGCCAUCACCCCGGCCGCCUACAGCAACAUAUACUCCAAGAUCGUCGUCCAGGGCCUUGCCCCUUCCAUCCCGAUUAAUCUCAAGGACAUGACCCGCUCCCUCGUCCAGGGCUGGAAAGACGAUGGCCAGUGGCCCCCGAAACCGACCGCGCCGGAGCCGAGUAUGUUUGUUGCCAAGAGGAUGGUUGAGCGGGCCGGUCAUGGUUCUGCUGUUCCUCAUUCUUCUGUUCCUCGUUCUUCUGUUCAACAUGGUUCUGCUGCUGCUGCUGGUACGACUGGGACGGGUCGUGGGGCGGCUGUUGGGACGGCCACCGCUGGGACAGCCAGUCGGACAGCGACAACAGGUGGGAUGGGGACAGGGACGACUGGCGGAGGUGAAGGUCAAGGUCGGAGGGGAAGUGGACACGGACACGGGCACGGAAUAGGACAUAAUAUCCUGCGUGCGUUUGGCGGGGGGCAUUUCCAUCAUCACGGUCAAAGUGCGCAGGGUAGCCAGGGUGCGCAGGGUAGUCAAGGCCAUGGUCAAGGUGGUCAAGGACGUCAAUAGCAGCGACGGUAGCAGUAGCACCGCCACUACUAUCACAAACAAUGUAAAUGUAAGAUAAUAUCUUAUGUAGAAUAGGUAUGGUAACAUAUUAUGCAGAAC